AUGGGCACCGGCCGGUGGAUGACCCUGCGGGUGCUGGACCCCAACAUGAUCGGCGAGUCCCGCUUCGAUCUCCAGGCUUUCAUCUCGCAGCAGAGGGACGGCCAAAAGCAAGCCUCGUCUCUGCUUCGUGGUGAAGCCCUGGUCGGAACGAUCUGGGCCUCCGUUCAGCCACUCUCUUCGCCUUCGCGUGCCAAGACGGCAGGUGAAGCUCCGACGCUGAGCCAGCAGCUGCAAAUCUUGAGGCAAGGCUCGUCAUCAUCACAGUCUCCUGGCUCCAAGAUGUCCAACGGAUCGCAGCUGCGCUCGCCGGGAAGGCGCCUCGGCUGCAUUGCCUUUCCUUCGCGCGCAGGUCAGAGGAGUCCUAUCCCCUGUGGAGGCUCUGCUCCUCGGGUCUCCAGUCCCAGCCCGGUGAUGCGAAGCAACACUUUGCUCGAGGAGCGGCGGCCAGCACCACUCGGUCCGGCGGUUUUAACAGCCGCUGGGACGCCCCAGGCAAGCGCCAGUGGAACGCCGGGAACCUCUCGUUUUAAGGCGAACUCGGACCUCGACAGCGCCAGGCACUCCCAGAUCUCAGGAGCGAGCCCUGCAUCAGCCUCCACGGCAAGGGCGAGCCCGAACGCUCCGCGCCCCGCUAGGUCGCGGUCGACCCUUUCUGCUGGCUCCGAGAAGUCACCAGGCUCCAGGCUGAACUUCACGGAGAAGGCCCAAAGAGACUUGGUGGAGCUCAUGCGGAGCAAGGAUCGGCUAAGGGCAUAUGCGGAGAGGCCCUUCAAGGCCGGGCGCACGUUGCUGGCUGGAAAUCGGCUGGGCUUCGAGGACUUUCAGCAGGCUCUGCGGGAACUGCUCCAGGAGCUUCACAUCAGCGUGCCAGGAGACAAGCAGAUGCAGGCACUCUUUGACAAGCACCGGGGCGAGAACGAAGGCGUCAGCUCUGAGGACUUCGAGGCUCUUCUCUUCCGUCUCUUGUGCUUCCUCCGGGCCUCCGAGGAAGUUCGAGUGAAUCCUGGCGCCGAUGCCCGCUCCUGCUCGGAGGAGAGGGACAAGCGGUGGAGGCAAGAGUUCAUCCAGAAGAACCCACAGAGGUUUCACGACGUGUACGAGGUGCAGCGGCAGCUGGGAAAGGGCUCUUUUGGCACAGUGUACCUAGUCUCACACAGGACACAGGUUGACCAAAACAAGGAGAAGCGAGUUCGAGUCUGCAAGAUCAUCAGCAAGCUCAAGGCUAAGGAAGCCAAAACAUCGGAAGCCAAGGUCCGCGAGGAGUUUGCUGUGCUCAAACAGCUCGACCAUCCCCACGUCCUCAGAAUAUUUGAGGACUUUGAGGAUGACGAGAACUUUUACCUUGUUAUGGAGCAAUGUCGGGGUGGCGAUCUCGGGGCAUACGUCAAGCGUUUGGAGCCCAUGGAUGCCUACUCCUAUGAGUUCUGGGUUUCGAAGGUGAUGCAGCACACACUGUCGGCGAUCGCCUACUGCCACUCGAAGGCCGUGAUUCACAAGGACCUCAAGCCUGAGAAUGUUAUGCUCUCCACGACUCGGGACACCCCAGUUGCACAGAUGCAUGUUGUCGUGGUCGACUUCGGUUUGGCGGAGGUCUUUGCAAACUCCACGGACCGCAGUGAUGUGGUGUCGGGCACUCCGCCGUACAUGGCCCCCGAGGUCUGGCAGGGCAACUUCAGCAAGAGCUGCGACGUGUGGUCAGCUGGCUGCAUGCUGUUCUUCCUGUUGUCUGGACGCUUGCCCUUCAUCGCAGCCACUGUAAAGGAGUUUCCCAAGGCUGUUCAGCAAGAGCCAGACUGGGCCGCAAUGGGCGGAGCCACCCAGGAAGCGCAGCAGAUCUGCAGGCAGAUGCUCCAGAAGAUGGAGCAUCAGCGGCCGACUGCACAGACUUGUUUGAAGGACAGGUGGUUUGUGCAGAUGGGCCUGGCAGGUCACAGUAAUCCAGCCGGUGCCCUGAACAACAAUCAAAUUCAAAGCUUGCUGGCAGUUGGCCAGAGAUCUGAAUUUGAGAAGUUUGUCACCCGGUUCGUUGCCACGCAGCUCGAUGCCAGUCAGCAAACUACCGUGAACGAGGCUUUCAAGGCUUUUGACGCGGAUGGUGAUGGGCAUCUCUCCGCUGAAGAACUCAGGCAGGGGCUGAUGCAGUUUGGGGCCUCACCGGAGCAAGCAGAGCAGAUCGUCAGCGAGUUGGAUGUUGGCCGAACGGGCCAAGUCUCCUACACCGAGUUCCUCGCUGGCAUCAUCAACUUGCGCUGCAAGAAGCCGGAGGAGCAAGACAGACUGCUGUCCAUUGCCUGGGAGCAAUUCCGUCCGGAUACCAGCGGACUGGUCAAGGUUCAGGACAUCCAGAAUGCGCUGGCCACAAGAGGUAUGACUGUUGCUGACAUGCCUGAUGGCUUCCUUGCAGCCCUCAACAAGGACCACACGCAGUACAUUUCCUUUGACUCGUUCAAGUCGCUGCUACUCUUUGACGACUCUGAUCAAUUG